AUGCUAUACUCUAUCUCCUGUCUAUGCACCCAAGUGGUACAACAGGUGCAUUUGGAUCCAUCCAGUAACCGCGAGCUAAACAUCUGCCACUGUGCAGCAUGUCAGGCUGUUUCUGGUCAGAUUUGUACUCCUUACUACCUUCUUCAAGAAAAUCCACAGUCUGAGAACCUCGCCAAGUAUCAGCAGUCAGACUCUGUUAGCCGCUACUUCUGUGGGACUUGCGGUUCUCAUGUCUUUUCCCAUUCCAAGCAUAGCGGCAACUGGGUUGUUGCAGCAGGGCUGCUCGACAGUCCACCGCAGACCCAGCGUAUUCGGCACUGGGGGGUUGACGGUACACAGGACGGAGGCUUAUCGAUUUUUGUUCCUGGAAGCUCAGGUGACAAGACUGUGUCAUGCUGGCUGAAUCCUCAGACAAGCAUUCAGGAGACCAUUUUCGGCCAGCUCAAAGCGGCAAGUCGGAAUUCAUCCGAACUGCUCGCUCGAUGCCACUGUGGCGGUAUAGAACUCUAUAUCACCCGCCCGGACUCAACAUCAGAGGAUCCGUGGUCCCAUUGGCCCGACAUAAUCAUCCCCUAUAAUUCAGGAGUCUCUGCGGAGAAUGAAGAGGAUGUAAAAUGGUGGCUGUGUGCUGGGAAAACCAAAUAUAUGGCAGGUACUUGCGCCUGCCGGACCUGCCGUCUCGCCAGUGGCUUUCCCAUUCAAACGUGGGCGUUCAUCCCCAAGUCCAACAUCCUCACCGCACAAAAAAAGCCGCUGGCUUACGAUGUGGGCACGUUGAAGCGAUAUGAGAGUUCUCCCGAGGUGUAUCGAGACUUCUGUAGUCGCUGUGGGGCGUCGGUUUUCUGGCAUUGUGACAAGAGACCGCAGCUUAUCGACGUGAGUGUCGGUCUGCUUCGUGCAGACAGUGGCUCAAGGGCCGACGAAUGGCUCGAGUGGGCUACAGGAAGAACCAGUUUUGCUGAGAUGGCAGUUGAUGUGUCGUUGAUCCAGCAGUUGGAGGCUGGCUUGAAGACCUGGAGACAGCAGUCAUAA